GACUCCAUUAUAUAGACAACUUGAGUUUGAGACUCCUUUAUUCUUUGAAUUCAUUUUUUAUCAUCGAAAUCAAUGUGUAGAUAUAUAAUUAUACGAAACUUGAAACAUUGGGUUCAACACAACGAAAGAACUGCUGCCCAAGAAAUAAGGCCUAAAAAAAAUAAAAAAUAAAAGGAAAAAAAUCAAGACUAAAAUAUUAAAAAUAUGUUGUGCAUGUGAAGAAAGAAUUAUUGUCCAAUUAAAUCAUAGGUUAUAAAAUUUAAGCAUAAACUAUGAUAUCAAUCAAUUUAAAUCACAACUCGGUUUCAUGCCUAAUAACUAUUUUUCUAUCUAAAACUAAUAAUAAUGUCAUGAAAUGAUUAAAAUAUUUUGGUUCUAAAUGUAUGAAAUAUGUAAUAUUUCAACUCAAUCACUCCCUAUUUUCUUUUUUUUUUUCAUUAGAAAGAAUGAGGCCUUACUUAUUUUGUUCAGGGGGGAUUAAAGACAAAGAAAGGGGUCAGGGGGCUCUUGCUAACAUCAGAAAAAGGAAUAAUUAGGAAUCUUGAGUAGCCAGCCAAGCCGCUGAAGUAGCUAAAGUGGUGAUAAAUCCGGUCAGCACCAAUUGCUACGGGAAUACCGUUUAGUUGACAUGUGCACAUUUGAACAACCUCAGUGUUUAGGUUCAUUUGUAUCAUAAUCGUUUGAGUACUUUAGUUCGUAGUGGUGUCCUCAUUCCUUCUCAAUCGUGGGAAGAAGAAAUUGCAUGCAUAGGUGGGAUCGAAUCCAAUCAAGAAAAAGAUGUUUGCAGCAACAAUUUAUGGAAUAUGGCGUGAGAGGAACGCUAGAAUGUUUCAGGGUAAGUCAAGAGGAGUUAGUAAUGUGUUUUAUGAGAUUGUUUUAUUAGCGCGGUUGAUGAACUAUGGCUAUUGUAGAAGGCCAGACGGAGAUUGGUCCUCAAGUAAAAAGGCAGAGGGAGCUUGACUGCAAAACCCACCCGUCGAGCAGGGAAGAAAGUCGGCCUAGGUGAUCUGACGGUGCAUAGUGGAUGGGCCGUUGCUCAACAGAUAAAAGUUAUUUUAGGGAUAACAGGCUGAUCUUCCCCAAGAGCUCACAUCGACAAGAAGGUUUGGCACCUCGAUGUCAGAGGGCAAAAUCAGAGUCAGAGCAUGAAGUUGAAGUCGAAUCGAUGUCAGAGUUGGUUGGCGACACCUCUAACUCUGUUUGAAAAAUGAAAAAAAAAAAAAAAAAAAAAAAAAAAACUCCAAAUCCAACUCCGAUUUGUCGAAGUCAGAGUUGAGUCGGAUUUUCGGAUUUUUGUUCAACCCUACUUGACUACUACUUGAUUAUUGACUCUAGUUUGGAUUUAUCCUUCUCCAACUGAUCUUUAUCCUUGAUUAUUGACUGAUCUAGAAGAGCAAACGUGAUUAACAUUGCUUCAAGCCUUAGAGUAUUAUCCUUUACGCCAGCAAACAAAUCAAAUGGCACAGUACAAAUGAAUCGGUCAGAUUUUAUGUUUGUGCCAGCAAACAAACUUAAUGCUAUAUUUAUUACAAAUGAUAAUAUUAAAGCUCACAGUACUGAAGCCUAAUAAUGGUAAAAGAUCAAUCGGCACUUCAAAAAACUUCCUUAUUCAGUCAAAACAAUAUUUAAUGCCCACCUCACAGCCACAUACGCAACAAAUCAUGGUCAUGAUCAAGGCAACCUACAAAGUCACCUGAUAGUUCUCUAUAAAUUAGUGAACAGUCAUGGAGGUUUGAACACCUUGAAUACAGGCAGCGGGCUAUCUACUGGUCCAUGGCGAGCCCAAUCUGUCUUCCUUUACAUGAUAGAAUCCCUCUUAGAAAUACUCUGCAAAGAACCUUGAAUAUCAUAAUCUUAUUCCUACUCCUUUCUCUCCUUACUUAUCGUUUUCUCCACCUCAAAAACCAUGGAGGACUCACUUGGCUCCUUGCCUUCCUAUGCGAGUCAUGGUUGACCCUCACUUGGGUUCUAGUCCUCAACCUCAAUUGGAGUCCAGUGAUAUUCAAAACGUACCCGGACCGUCUCUUGCAAGGGGUACAUGAGCUUCCCUCAGUGGACAUGUUUGUGACGACUGCAGACCCUGUGCUAGAACCUCCUAUCAUCCUUGUAAACACAGUGCUCUCUUUGUUGGCAGUAGAUUACCCAGCUCAGAAGCUUGCUUGCUAUGUAUCGGAUGAUGGCUGUUCUCCUCUUACCUACUAUUCCCUUGUCGAGGCCUCAAAGUUUGCCCAACUUUGGGUACCAUUUUGUAGGAAGUAUGAUAUUCAAGUUAGAGCUCCUUUUAGAUACCUUUCCAAUGAUCCCAUUAUAACGUUCAGUGAUAGGACAAAGGGGUUCCAACAUGAAUGGAAAAGGAUGAAGGAUGAGUAUGAGCAGCUUUGCCACAAAAUUGAGGUGGCAGUCCAAAAAUCUGUGCCACCUCGUGAUUUUGCAGAUUUCUCGAAUGUCGAUCGCAAUAACCAUCCAACCGUUAUCAAGGUUAUGUGGGAGAACAAGGAAGGUCUCCCAGAUGGGUUGCCUCAUUUGGUCUAUAUAUAUAGGGAGAAGCGGCAUAAUCAUCCAAAUCAUUAUAAAGCGGGAGCCAUGAACGUUCUAACAAGAGUGUCUGGAUUGAUGACGAAUGCUCCCUACAUGCUCAACGUAGACUGCGACAUGUUUGUGAACAAUCCAAAAGCUGUUCUUCAUGCAAUGUGCAUGUUCUUGGAUUCCAAGAGUGAAUCAAAAAUCGCAUUUGCUCAAUUCCCGCAAGAAUUCUAUGAUGGAUUAAAAGAUGAUCCUUAUGGCAAUCAAAUGGUGGUUGCACUCCAACAUUUAGGACGUGGAGCAGCAGGAAUUCAAGGACCAAUGUAUACAGGAACAGGUUGUUUUCACAGAAGAAAGAUUAUCUAUGGUCUGUCGGUAGAUGAUUUAGGCUCAACUAAUGCAAAUUUGGCUGAGGAUAUAUGUUCGAAAUUUGGGAAUUCAAAGGAGUUGAUCAAAUCGGUUGCUGAUGCUUUGAAAGGGAAAACACGUCCACCAAACAGUCUUCAAAGCUGUAUUGAGGCAGCCUACCAAGUAUCUGGAUGUGGGUACGAGAAUGGCACUAGUUGGGGUACAAAGAUGGGUUGGUUGUAUGGAUCAGCAACAGAGGACGUCCAAAUAGGGCUACUGAUUCAUAAAAGGGGUUGGAGGUCCUGCUAUUGUACCCCAGACCCACCUGCCUUCCUUGGGUGUGCCCCCUCAGGUGGCCCUGCCACAAUGACCCAACAAAAGAGGUGGGCUACCGGCUUGCUUGAAAUUCUAUUCAGCAGAGGUUGUCCCAUAUUUACCUCCCUCUUUGCAAAGCUCCAAUGGAGGCAAAGCUUAGUCUAUCUGUUGAUCCUCAGUUCAGGCCUACACCCGGUCUUUGAGCUAUGCUAUGUUUUUCUUCCAGCCUAUUGUAUUAUUGUCGACUCCCACUUUUUGCCCAAGGUCCAGGAGCCAGCCCUAUGUGUACCAAUUGCUCUCUUUCUCACAAACAACAUAAACACGUUACAUGAAUAUCUGAGAGCUGGCCUAUCGGUUCGAGCAUGGUGGAAUAACCAGAGAAUGACAAGAGUAAGCACAAUGACAGCACGGUUGUUUGGAUUUUUUAGUGUUAUGCUCAAAAUCUUUGGAUUAUCUGAGACAGUUUUUGAAGUUACACCAAAAGACCAACCCAGUGAUAGUGGUGGUGGUGAUGAUCAUGAUGCUGGUAGUUUUACGUUCAGUGAGUCACCCAUUUUUGUGUCGGGGACAACCAUUUUGCUUGUUCACUUGACUACGUUGGUCGUGAGCUUGUUAAAGUUGCAGUAUCCACCAGCUCAUGAUGAGCGUGGAUCGGGGCUAGGGGAGGCUUUCUGCAGCAGUUGGUUGGUGUUAUGCUUUUGGCCAUUUUUUAAGGGGCUGUUUCGAAAGGGAAAGCAUGGGAUUCCCAAAGCCACCAUAUACAAGUCAGCCACUUUGGCGUUUCUUUUCCUAUUUUGGUGUAGAAGGACUGCAAUGGGUUGAGACUUGGGUCAUCUAAUUCUAUUACUGUUUUCUCAUGAUUUUCUCUGGGUCAGAUCAAUUAUGACACAUCAUGUACAAGAUGUGUUUGAAUUGAUCUUCAUAUGAGAUAAAUCAGAUAAUGUCUCUAAUUUAAGCUUUAGUAUGAAACUAUUGAAAUAAUAGAAGGCAUUCUUCUAAAUCUGGAAAAAUGUAAGGCAUUAUUUAUCUAUACUACGUUUUGUUUCUUAGAAACAUGAUGGUAUUUCUUUCAUAAACUUUGAUUAGGUUUGAAGAGCCAAAUAUGAAGUUGACAUUAGUUUUUAA